AUUCAAUCACAACUCAUGAGUGUAGCCACACCUACCAAUACUACCGCUACAGUCGUGGCUUUAGAGUCUAAAAAGCAUGAUCGAAGCAUAUUCAACAAGUUCAACAUGCUGCAGUGGAAGCUUGUUCUCACCCGCAAAACCAUCAUGUUGAUUUGUGGUGCAUUUGCUCUUGUAUUACUUCCAUUGGGUGUUGUCCUGUAUGUCGCUAGCCAGCAGCUAAAUGAGGUAUCCUUUAACUAUACACAAUGUGCUCUAGCAGCAACAGACACAUUAGCUGCACCUGUUUCCGGCAUAUCUGGAACUGAUUCUAUUGUUCAAUGGCGAUAUAUUCCAGCCACAAAGAUGUGUACAGUUCGCUUUAAUGUUACCACAUCUAUGACCAGCAGAGUGUUUUUAUAUAUCAAAAUCACAAACAUGUAUCAAAAUCACCGAUUGUACCUAAAAUCACUUGAUCCUGGCCAACUUGCUGGAAAAGUGUACAUGUCAGCAGGAGACUUUCCUGUUGGUGGAGAAACCAGCUGUGCAUUCCUACAAUACGCUAAUUGCUCCACUGCGUCUCAAUACAUAUGGAACGGAAACUCGCUUUCGCAUGCUGACAGUAACCCAGACUGUUUGAUCACUCCAAAACCACCCGUUGUCAUCAAUGCGCAUCCAAAUGCACAGUACUAUCCAUGUGGUCUAGUUGCCAAUUCAAUGUUUUCUGAUUGGAUAUCAAAUCUAACUUGCAUUGGUAGCGCCUGCCGUACUUCAACUUUUGAGUUUUCUGAAAGUGGAAUUUCAUGGAGUGAGGAUUCUUCUAUUUAUAAACCAACUGGAUGGGUUUCUGAUCCCACACUACAGCAGCAGAUUCCUACUAUGAUUCUCCCCCCUCCGCAGUGGAGGAAGGCAUGGCCAGAUGUAUGGGGUAAUGGAUACAACUCCACAAACGUGCCUGACAUAUCAAAAUGGGAACGACUGCAUGUUUGGAUGCGCAAGGCUGGUUUACCACAUUUCCGUAAGCUUUGGGGUAGAAAUAAUACCAGCACUUUAGACCAAGGAAUUUGGGAGGUUUCCAUUGUAGAUAAUUGGGACUGCCGGCGUUUUGAAGGAACAAAGUCGUUGGUGUUUGGCCAAAUUGGGCUUAUGGGCUCAAAGAAUCUAUUUUUAGGCUACGCAUUUCUUAUUAUGGGAUGCAUCUGUGCUCUAUUUACGGUGUUGAUUGGAGUUUAUCGUCCACGAAAAAUGGGUGAUCAUGCACACCUUUCUUGGGUAAAAAACAAACUUGACUAAAGCAUUGGUUUGUUUUAAUUCUGGCAAUUUAUUGAGGUGCCAUUUGGUACUAGCUUUACUGGUGCUACUCAAAAUUGAAGCAUGUCUUCUGUGUACAGGCACCAAUAUGACCAAUAUCCAACUCAAUACUUGCCUAUUAUUGAUCAAAAACCACAAUCGUAUUUACGGACAAUAACACAAGAUUCUGCCAAUAUUUUAAUCAAAAUAAAGGAAAUGAAUCAGUCUCAAUAAACUGAGUUGGUAUAUUUUCCUUG